AGCGGAGGAUAUCCACGGAAGAAUUUGCCAUAAAGUGGACGCCAACUGAAAAUGAAGUGAAUGACCAUUUCCCCUUUUGCUUUUUUGUGGAGUCAAGAGAUCGGAACUACAGAAUCUAUCAGUCAGAGGUUCGAUGUGUGACUGCUGAUGUUGGACACUACAAAACCGUGGUUCGCUGCACUGAAUCCACAAUGACCGUGGAAGUGGAGAGAACCUACCUCAUCAAUCGUAACCAGGGUAGCUUACACUUGAAAAACUACAGAGACACCGGCUGCAGGCUGUCAACACGCUCCAACAGCACCCACCUUGUUGCCACCAUGGCGCUGAACGGCUGCGGGACCACAGUGGAGGAGGAUGGAGAUUACAUUGUCUUCAGGAAUGAGAUCACAUCUGCAGACCCGAGUCAAGUUAUUACCAGGCAAAAUGAAGUGGAAAUUGCAUUUUCAUGCGUCUUUCCCAAACGCAAUAAUAUCACCCUGGGAUACAAACACAAGAACCCGUACGCCUUCUUGGAGAAAGGCUUCGGUGCGUUCACCUUCCAGUUUGAGUUCUUUGAGAGCGAGAGGUUCAGGAGGCAGAGGGAUCCCAACUCUUACCCAGUGGAGGUCUACCUCAAACAGAUGAUCUACAUGCAGAUUAAAUCAACUGCCUCCAUCCCCAACACGGAGCUGUUUGUGGAGUCCUGCAAGGCCACGCCCUAUGACAACCCAAACUCUCGCAUCAGCUACACCAUCAUUUCCAACGGGUGUGCAAGGGACAGCACUGUGAGAAUUUACCCCAGCGCCAACACUCUGUUCAGAUUUGGAAUGGAGGCUUUUGAAUUCAUUGGCUCUCAUGAGCAGGUCUACAUCACCUGCACAGUCAUCCUGUGUGAGACUGGGGUUCCUGGAACGAGGUGCUCUCAAGGCUGCAUCCAGUCCAACGGGCGCAAGAGGAGAGAAGCUGCUUCCCAGACCUCCAGGCACUCCAUUUCCCAGGGACCCCUGCACCUGAUCAAACCGUCCGACAGCCAAGUUUCUGGCCCAAGCCUGAAUCUGGGCAUGAACCUGGUCUUCAUCGCCGGCUGCCUGCUGGUGUGUGGGGUGGUCGUCUACCGGUCCAGGAGGUCCAAAGCUAAAUACCAGCUCCUGGUAAACUCUGAGUCUGACUGAGGACAGGGAAGCCAUUCAUCCAGUCAAACCUUUGAAGUGAUGGGAAAUCUGACGAAUCAAUUUAAAUUGUGCUAUUAUUUCCACUUGCCAUGUGUCUCUACUUAUUGUAUCUUAUUUCAGAUCAGAU